GCGCGCGCGUGUUUGUGUGUGUAGGGAUGCAGUGGAUGAGAUUUGUCGUCGGAUUGAUGCUGGCCGGAUAAUUGCCAGUCAACAGGUUGUCGUCGUUAGAUCACGCGAAUUAGACUGGACGCAGGUCCGAUGGUGUACCGCACAGGUGCUGUGAAAAUGUUUCCCUUCAACCGUUUUCGCCUGUCGUUCCCGCUUAUCCUGCUGCUCGUGUGCUGGCAUCUUCAGGCGCCGGCGGGUGUAAGCUCGCUCGAUCGCACGGAUAACGCGACCGUACCGCUGGCUCGUGCCAAACGACUUAUAAGCUUCCCAAUCAAUGGUGGCUUAGCGAAGGUGAUUCUCGGAUUUCUGGCACCGGUUCGUUUCCAUCAUCCACUGCCACGCAGCCUCAACCUCGGUAUCAAUGUGCAGGCCAACUAUGCGAUCAGUCCGAACAUAAUAUUCCCCCGGCCGGAGUCGAUCUUCGGCAAUCGCGAGCUGGAGCGCUAUGCCGAUCCGAACAGUCGGCAGCAGGUGUACGGUGUGCUGGAAAAGAUCCUGCAGACGGUGCUGGGGACGAAUCGAACGGCACGCGAGUGUUUGCUGCGGACGGUGUGUGAAGUGGCGGACACACCGCUGCAUCAUAACGGGCUGAUAGGGGAGCUGCUGGAUGUGAUAUUUACGUGAGUUUGUAUGGGAAAUCAGAUGGAAACGCGAUUGUAAUUAGAGUGUGUGUGUUUUUUUGUCGCUUUUAGGCCCCAAGAAUCGGAUGUACUGCCAUCAGAAUUUCUAAUGGCACGGAGGUAUGGUGCGAAUGGUGUUGAUUGUUUGCGAGUGUACGACUCCUGUCCGUGGGGUAUGGGAAUGCUAGAUCACGUGUCAACCAUUUUCGUUUAAAUCUUAACCUAUGAUAAUAACGUUGAAUCUCUAUACUCUUUGAUAAGUAAAUAUUGGAUUGG